AUUCGAUUCGAUUCUGUCUCCCUACGUUUGUUUUUCAAGCUUUAUACCAACGACAUAUUCUUUCCCAGUAACAACAAUCUUUGACUGUCGCGCAAUAUAAAAAUGGCCAUUUGCAUCACCUUCGGGACUCAUGAAUUCACCUCCAUGCUAGAAGGCUAUGAGAAUGUUCGCGCAUACUGCUACAAUUGCCAACAUUGGAACGGGCACUGUCUAACAAGAUGGCCUUGGUUCACCGUCUGCUUUGUUCCUGUCAUUCCUCUCGCCACACAUAAGUACAAAGAAGUAACCUGCUACACAUGCCGCUUCACGCAGGAUCUACGCGAUCGUCCGGAUAUCACUCCAGAAACCAGGCCGCCUCCGGGCGUCAUACCGGGACAGUUGCCUCACCCGCAGGCGGCGUAUGGGGGCGGAGCGCCCUACUAUCCACCUCCGCAGGCCUCGGGGGCGGUGGCGCCCCAGCAGCCGCAGCAGCAGCAGCAACCGGGGCAGCAGAACUUUGUGUAUAAGUAGUGCGGAGGAGGUUUGAUGAGUCAUUUGUUCCUUGAUGUUGCUGUGCCUCGUUUUGAGUUUGUUGGGAGAUACCUCUUUUGCUUCCUGUUUGUUUGUUUAAUGCCGUUCGUGUUUCGUGCUGGUGCUUGUGCUGGAUGCCUUUGUAUUGUGACUGAAUAAUCAAACGACAAAUUGAGUUUCAAUAUCAUAUCAUCAUGCUAACCGC